ACUGUGCCAUUUUUUUUUUCUUGGUGCACACCUACUACUACAGUCAGGGACCGUUCAAAGUUCGAGCUCCUGCUGCGUCCAUACCGGGCUCCUUCUCACUCUCGUCUUCUUUGUCUAGCCUCCUCCUCUUCACCCUCUCAUCUCUCUUCCGCAUUUGCUCGAACCAUGGCCUUCGAGGACGUCCAGAUCGCCAAGCCCAGUGCUGAGACCUAUAGGGCUCUUGAAGCCGACCUCUGCAACCACUCUGGAAAGGCUCCCUUGCACGAGCGCUUCCGUGCCCUCUUCACCCUCAAGGCUCUUGCUGACAACGAGAGUGUCGAUAUUAUUGGACGAGCUUUUGCGGACGAGUCUGCGUUGCUCAAGCACGAGUUGGCCUAUGUCUUGGGUCAGAUGAAAAACCCUCAUGCUCACGCUGUCCUGAAGCAAGUUUUGUCGACCAUGGAUGAGGAUCCCAUGGUCCGCCACGAGGCUGCGGAGGCCCUGGGAGCCAUUGGGUCAUUAGACUCGAUCCCUAUUUUGGAGGAAUACCUCAAGGAUGAAUCCGUGGUUGUCUCUCAGACAUGCGAGUUGGCCAUUGAGAAGAUCAAGUACGACAACCGCAAGGAAAAGGAGGCCCUCCCACAGAGCUCGUAUUCCUCGAUCGAUCCCGCCCCACCAACCACUGCUGAAGAGUCAACAGAGCAGCUGCGGGCGAUUUAUUUGAACCAGAAGCUGCCACUCUUUGAGCGUUACCGUGCCAUGUUUGCCCUCCGCAACCAAUGCACGACAGAGUCGGUCCUUGCUCUGGCUGACGGAUUCGACGAUCCCUCUGCGCUGUUCCGACACGAGAUUGCAUACGUCUUUGGUCAGAUGCAGCACCCUGCAGCGGUGCCCUCGUUGGUGAAGGUUCUCUCCAAGCUGGACGAGACCAACAUGGUCCGCCAUGAGGCAGCUGAGGCCCUGGGAUCGAUUGCUACGCCCGAGUGCUACCCUAUCCUUGAAAAGUUCCGUGACGACAAGGAGCGUGUUGUUCGCGAGAGUUGCAUCGUUGCGCUGGACAUGUACGAGUACGAGAACAGCGGCCAGCUGCAGUAUGCCGAUGGCCUGAGCAAGUAGAGUGACUCCAGAACAUACUACGACACUGCGUUGUGUUGACAUUGGAGAGCGAAGCGAGGACAAGUGCGGGGGUGAAUGUAUAAUAUAGAGCAGAAAAUAAAAUAAAGCCAAGAUCCGAUCAGC